CUUAAGCCUUAAAGGAACUCGACCUUUUGACUCUGAACUCUGAUGAUCGUGUCUUGAUAUUUUUCUUGUGCUCACUUUGUCUGCCAAUUUUGUUGUAGGUACACAGAGCUAUUGCAGAAAGGGAAAUUCUUGACAUGUUGGACCACCCUUUUCUCCCUGCAUUAAAUGCUUCAUUUCAGGUACGGCAAAGCAGUUCCACACAAUCUGGCUAUUACCUGAAAGCGAUAGGAGGAAGUAGUAACGAAGUUUCGGUAUGCAUAUAGCCAUUUAUAACGAACGGAUCUGGGUGUAAAAUGAAACGGUUGGGUCCCACAAGUCAGGUAUUACUAAACCACUUUAUCAAAUAAAAAGGGAAAUACAAGGUACUGUAUAACCAUAUAAUACAAGUGUACAAGACAACUUUGCCCUUUGUACUUUUUAUCUCUUUUACUUUUUACUCCUUUCACUUUUUACUCCUGUUUCUCUUAAACCUCACCCUCGCCAUUUUCAUGUAAAAAUCAUCUGGUGUGGGUGAAAACCUCGAGGCAUAAAUGGCGAGGAAGAUGUUGGUGAUGGAGGAACCGCUCUUUAAAGACGGUUUUGGCUUAUCUGAAGGUGGCGAUCGUGCUAUCGGGGUUGUCUUGGAUGGUGACACAGUCGCCAUUAAAGACCCAUUGAACGCAACCGCCAUUGAAGAAACACUGAACGAAACCGCCAUUGAAGACCCAUUGAACGCUACCGCCAUUGAAGAAGCAGAAGAUUACAAAGACGGAUGUUCCUUAGCUCUUAAAGCUUUGUUGAAGGAGGUGAUUGUUGGUGAAGAGUCAUACCAGACUCCAACCAAAGGAAAGAGUCGUGUGGCUAUAUGCUUUGAGAUCGAAGAGUUUGCAAAUGUAGAGGUUUCCCUUCCUCCACCUGAACCAGGAAUGAUCUUUGAUAGUAGGAAAAAAAUAGACUCAUAUUUUAGGGACUACGGAAAACAAGAAGGUUUCGGUGUAGUCCGUUCAAGUGGAGCGACAAUAGGGAAGGGUUUUAAUGCUAAGGACAAGCGGAGUGUGACAUGGACAUGUGAAUGUUACGGUAUGCCUAGUAGGAGGGGCAAGAAAACUAAUGCCCCGACAUUUGUUUCGGAUUCACAAAUAUAUGACGAAGUUUGUGUUAAAAGAAAGAGCAAAAAGGUGCAAUGCCCGGUGAAAUUAUAUGCAAAGUUGAAUGAAGGUGGUGAUUGGGUAAUUGAUAAAGCCAUUCUAGAACAUAAAGGUCACUCACCAACACCGGGGAAGUCCAAGAACAUCACUCAGUCUAGGAAGAAGUUCUUGACGGACAACCUGCACAAUUUUAAACAAGUAUUCAAUGACCGCAAGGCGGGUGUUCCAGAUGCAAAGAUAUUCAAUUUUAUGGCCCGUCAAAGGAAUGGCCGAGAGGAGAUCGAUGCAAUUUACUCAAAAGGAUUUGCAUGAUGAGGUUGCAAAGCAAAGGAAAAUCAUAUUUGAGGAAGGUGAUGCAAAGGCAAUGUUUGCUUACUUCAAAACGAUGGUGGAUGAUAACCCACUUUUUUCCCAUACCCAUCAAGUGGAUGAUUUGGGUAGGCUCCAAGAUGUAUUGUGGGUCGAUGCUAGGAGUCAGGUUGCGUACGAGGAGUUUGGAGAUGUUGUAUGUUUUGAUUCAACUUACUUGACAAAUGAGUAUAAGCUCCCAUUUCGUAAUUUUGUGGGGGUUAACCAUCAUGGUGAAACCGUCUUUUUCGAAUGUGCACUAGUGUCUCGAGAGACCGCAAAAACGUUUGAAAGGGUCUUCUCUAAUUGUUGAGGUGUAUGGGUGAAAAACAGCCUAUUGGGAUCCUUACGGAUCAAGAUCCGGCAAUGAGGAAAGCAUUGAAAGUGACUAUGCAAGGAACCGUUCAUCGAUGGUGUAUUUGGCACAUUACCCAAAAAUUUUCCAAGAAGCUUGGGAAGCUUAAAAAUUACACUGAAAUUAAAACUAAUCUUGAGAGUGCAAUUUAUGACAGUCUUGAUUGUGAAAAGUUUGAGGCUAAUUGGCUUGAGGAAAUCAAGAAGCAUGAACUAGAAGAUGAUGAAUGGCUUCAAGGUAUCUUCUUUACUCAUUAUAAAAAUAGAAUCACAGUUGUUUUGUGUUGCUGUUACACCGUAUUUGUGUGUGUGUGUUACAUUGUGUGUUGCUGUUAUAAUGUUAUGAUGUGUUAGCAAAUCUAGAUCAGUGAAAAUGUUGGCGCUCUGUGAAAAUUUCAUAAGGACUGUGAACAAGUGUAAAUCCUAUUCAGUGCUAUCUGAACUUAGUCUGUGACUUUGAUGCUUAGUGGAUAUUGUUAUUCUUUAUGACUUUUCAUAAUCUAGGAAUCAUAAUUUUUUUUUUAGGCUUUUUUUGAACUCUUUCUGGAUCAUGUAACUGUUGGUGCAUAAGCUCUGUAAAAAUUAAGCUCUGUGAAAAUUAAGCGUUGUGAACUAUAAACCCAAUUCAGUGGCUCUUGAUUUAAAUUUGUUUAGGGUUGUAUGAAGAACGCAAUAUGUGGGUGCCUACUUUUGUGAAACAUUUAUUUUUGGCCGGGAUGAAAACAACUCAACGGGUUGAGAGUAUUCACAGGUUUUUUUAUGGGUAUUUGAGCAUGCAUACUUUGUUGCAUGAGUUUGUGGAGAGGUAUUGUAAUUCCUUGGAAGUUAGGUGCAUAGGUGAGAAAAGGGAAGAUGAAAAUAAUGAUAGGUAUGUGAGGCAAGCUUACACUAAUUUCCCGGCUAAGUUGGUAUUUCAGAAGAUUUAUACGGAUGCAAAAUUUAAGGAGGUGCAACGAGAGUGCAACCGUGUAAUUUAUGUAAGUGAGAUCCAUUGGAAGCAGGUUUCUGACACAAUAACUGAGUUCGUUGUGGAGGAUAGAGUAUGGUACAAGCCCAAAGGAUCGCGUAAAAAAAAGUCGUCCAAGAGAAAGAGAGAGUACAAGCUUUCAUUUGACUCUUCAACCAAGCACGUAACUUGUGACUGUCGCAACUUUUAGUGUCAUGGGAUUAUUUUUCGUCACAUCAUUAGGGUUUAUGAUAUUAAUAAUUACUAUGAGAUACCAGACUAUUAUAUUUUCCGGUGGUGGAGGAAAGAUGUGAUACAGAAGCACACAAGGGUGAAAGUGUGCUAUCAUGACCCAAGCAAAACCGAGGAAGUUUGUAGGUAUGACAAAAUGAUGGUCAGGUUUAGUACAUUGUGUUCGAAAGCUUCGGGUUCCAUUCAAACUACUGCAGUGGUGAUGCAAGCACUGCAGUUAGUUGAAUUGCAAGUGGAGGAGAAGUUAGCAAUGCUUGCGAAAAAGAGUGGUCAAGGUGUAGGAACACCAUCAUCAGUUUGUUUAGAGAAAGAAAAGGACUCAACCCCAUCGACUCAAAGACAGGGUAGCUGUGAGGGUCAUGGUGAUGGCAAUGACGAAAAUAGGGUAUCUGUUGAAGAACAAGAUGUUCAUGUGAAAGACCCACCCUUACCAAAGAGGCCAGCUCAUCGCACCACUGAUUCGAGGUACAUGUCAUGUCUCGAGAAACCAAAGAAGGCAAAGACAACGAAGAACACACAAGGCAAGAACACAAAACACAAGAACACACAAGGCAAGAACAUGACUGUUUUAGAAGCCCAAACAACUGAACCGUCCUCAAAUGGGGUACCAUAUAUGCAAAUGAUGAAUAAGAUGGUUCCUUACAGUCCUCAAUGUGUUGGUGGCAUUCAAUUGCAGGACGGGGACAGAUCUAUAGGGUACUUUACAGCUGUUGGUGGUGGUGGUCAAAACUUUCAAGUUUCCCAAAUAUCUCCUAGUCUGGGAUACUAUGUUCCGUAUCCUCAAUUUCCCAUGGCUCAUUACCCUUCAGGACCUUAUGGAUGGCAGAGCCAUGUAUCUCCGUUAUCAGCCACAUCAUCCAGACAAGGUGGCUACGUUCCUAUACUACCUCUACCUCGGCCGCCGGUGACUCCACCCUCUCAUGCAUCAUAGAGAUAGACUAAUAUGCUAAGGUGACUAAUUUUGCGUGGCCAUGUUUUGUAAGGCCGAAUUCCUAACAACCCCAUUUUCUGUCAUACAAAUUGUUAAAAAAAAGGGCCCAUUUUUUGUAAGCCCAAAUUGUAAGGGCAAUCUUUUGACAUUACAUAUGUGAGGGUAAGGCCCGUCAUUUGACAUUACAAGUGUUAACAUUUACAACUAACAAUUUAAG